GUGACAGCUGUGCCCCCGCCUGGUCGAUCAGCUGCAUUGGGACCCCACCAGUCCAGAGAGGGGAAGGAAAGGGAGUGGAUCAAUGAGCACUGGUGUGGGAGCCACUUUCACUCUUUCAAUCUCUCUGGUGGGAUAAUUGCGCGAGCCUCCAUUCUUCGAACACUUUUCGGUGGUCGAGCGCCCGAGGAAGCCGGUGCAAAUCCUGAUUAGAGCAUCUUGCUCACUGAAAACCCGAAAUAUCGGGGGAAACCAUGACAACAGCAGAAACCGGAGAUUGAGAGCGAAGUCGCAGUCAACAAACUGCUGGUAGGACGGGGAACUCUGAUGUGAAGGAAGAAGCUUUUUGUUUUACAAGAACAGUUUUAUUUCAAAGCCCUCUGUCAAGUAUGGAAUCCUUGAAGACGCGCGCGGAGCAGAAUAUCCUGAGAGUUCUAUGGGGAGUGAUGGUCAUGGCCUCGAGCGGCAAUGGUGCAAGAGUUGUCAGUGGUCAGACGGUGUGUCAGGGAGGGGCGGAGCAUCCGUGCUAUAAGAUGGCCUACUUCCGGGAUAUGACCAGCCGCGUUGCAUUCUGGGAGGCCAGAGAGGCAUGUGAGAUGGACGGAGGGUCCCUGCUGAGCAUAGAGAACGCUGCCGAGCAGAGACACAUAGAACACCUGCUACAGGAGCUUCGGACCUCCUCAACAGGAGCAGGGACAGGAACAGGGGUUGGAGCGGGUACCGGUACCGGUAAUGGAGGAAUAGCAGACGGCGAUUUCUGGAUCGGGCUGACAAGGACAGAUGGAGAGAACACACAGGAACAAGACGACUUCACCUCCUGUCCCGACCUCUACCGCUGGACCGAUGGGAGUGUGUCACAGUUCAGGAACUGGUAUUUUGACGAGCCGUCGUGUGGAGGGGAGGCGUGUGCAGUGAUGUACCAUCAGCCUACAGCUCUCCAUGGGCUGGGCGGGGCCUACAUGUACCAGUGGAAUGACGACAGGUGCAACAUGAAGCACAACUUCAUCUGCAAGUACGAACCAGGUACGACUACACAGCAUCACACAGAGAGCCAUCUGGUGAAGGAGCAGGGGGACAGGCCUGGAGCUCAUGACCCAGAUGUGACGGUGGCGCAGACAAAAGAGGUCAAACAGCCUGGACCCAGUGAGGAGGAUGACGCCCCACACGUAGUCAUAGCCGGAACCUCAGGGAUGUUGCUGGUCUAUGUGAUCAUCCCCACCAUCCCUCUGCUGCUGCUCAUCCUGGUGGCUUCUGGGACUUGCUGUUUCCAGAUGUUCAGCAAGAGUAAACCGGGGACCAAAACCAGCAUUAACCAAUCAACACUGUGGAUCUCCAAGACCCCCAAGACGGACAGCAUGGAAGUAUGAACGGCAGGUGACAUCACAAACAAGAUCCUCAGAAUGGACAGAACCAACAGAAUGAUAAAGCCUCUCCUCUGAUACUAUCCCCUGUUCCAAAUACCUCUAACCAUCCACCUCAACCAAUGACCAGCUGUCGUCUUCUACAUGUCCUUUGUCCAGUUUGUUCAUGUCUCCUCCUCCUCUCCUCCUCUCCACCCCUCCUCCCCAUCCACCACUCUACCCUUCCUCCCCUCUCCU